AUGAAUAGGCCCAGGCUCUGUUUCUUAGCCUUGGGAUUCAGGCAUUCUAUGACUAUUGUUGGAAUCGAAGUUCGCGAGCAAGGAAACGCUAAUAUCCUGGUAUUCGAUCCGAGUUUCAAAACGCCCUCUGUGAUCAAGCAUGCCAUGGGGGCUAAUCUAAAGACUUCUGAACCUGCUCGCAUACUCAAGGGGUACAGGAAGGGUGUAAACUACUUGCAGAAAUAUCAAACUUUUGAGCUCCUCGAGUAUGCACCCCAGUCUUAA